GUAAUUGUGUGUCCCAGGGCCCCUUCAUCCAAAUCGGUCGGCACUGAUACAUCCCAGUCGUGAGCAGAAGUCUGAUCCUUCCAACCCCCAGAGCCCGUGAGGCUGACAGAGCAGCCGCCGAGGCGGCGCAAGUGCCUCCCAGGAUCUCCAGAGGAGGGGUUCCGGACGACGCUCGGCGAGCUUUUCUUAGCUGUUUUUGAUCAAGGCGCGCUGGUCGAAGGAGCGAUCUCACCGGGUCGAGCCUCGUCGUCGUUGCGUUCACGAGAAAGCGGCUGAGCGGGACUCAAGAUGGCGAAGCGCAAGGAGGUCACCGAGGAGGAGCUCGCCAAGCACAGUACCGAGGAGGACUGCUGGAUCGUAAUGCACGACCUAGUCUUCGACGUGAAAAGUUUUCUCAACGAGCACCCAGGCGGCGGGGACAUCAUCCUUACGUACGCGGGCAAGGACUGCACCCAGGAUUUUGAGGACAUCGCCCACAGCGAUGCGGCCAGAGACCAGUGCAACAAGCUGCUGGUCGGCUACAUGGCUGGGGCCCCCGAGGAGGCGGCGACGAAGAUGAUGCCCACAAAGGCCGAGGUGGGCGGCGGCGGGGGUGCGGGCGGCAUGCUCCCUGUCAUCGUCAUGAUCCUCAUCGCUGUGAUCGGGUACUUUGUCAUGAACAUGGGCAGGCACUGAUGGGUUGGAGUCGCAUGGGGUCUGAUGUGGUCCAGUAUUGGUGCCGGCGAAUUAUUUCUGGGAUGUGGUCCGCAAGGACGAUGGGAACAACAUAAGUCCACACACUGUUUUUCAGCGGACUUGACGCAGCCCCCCUCGGCCGAUUUUCCAGAGCGCGCGGCCGCUUCCCACUGAUUCGCGAUCGGGCCGACGAGGCUGCGCGUCAAGACCUCAAAGCAGUCUUGCCGCCGGCAUGUCCGCAAUUGUCUCGCCACCACCCCACUUCAUUCGAAGAAUUUUCCCUUGCUCUCACACUGUGUGAGGUGCCGUUGGGCAGCGCAGACGGUGCGCGCAGCCGGUGCGAGCAGCGCCUUCCGAGCGGCAGUGCGUGCGACGUGGCAGCAGGAAAUUCAGUCAGAGGGGCUCGAUGUACAUCGCGUCGCUGAACGGUGCAAGGAGCCAAGGAUUGCGGCGACGGAAUCCGCGCGUCGUAUAUAGAAGGGCCAGCAUCCCACAUACUCGGAAGAUGGGGCGUCAAGACACCGAGUCCUUGGCCUACUUGACCUGACGGAUGCUUGGAGCCCAUCCCACU